AUGGCACCCCUGGGCCUCCAGCAGCAGCAGCAGCAGCAGCGGCAAGGCGCCCCGCUCCGGGGGCGCCGCGGCGGCAGCUUUCCGCUGGCGCGCGCCCCCGCCGCCCACGCGGCCGUGGCGGGCCGCCGCCUCCUCACGGUGUCUGCGGCCAUCAAGGCCAAGUCGCGCCGCGAGAUCUGCUGCAGCAAGACGCUGGUGGCGCAGCCGGAUAUGAUCGACAAAGUGCACAAGAUGUGCGCCGACGUGACCGCGUUCAGCGAGGCGCGAAUGGGCGACCCUACCAGCGGCGUGAAGGCCUUUGAAUGCGCCAAGGAUCGGUGGGAGGAGAACGUCUUCCACUUUUGGGAGCGGUACGAGAGCAACGUGGCCCUGGGGCGCCACAACACCACGCCCGAGGUCUCACAGUUCCUGGAGCAGUGCUGCCCGCUGCCGCGAGAGGGCAGCCCCUGCACGGGCCCCGCCGCCUGCGGCGCGGCGGGCGGCUGGGCGGACGGCUGGGCGGGCGGCCUUGGUGCAGCGCGCAUGGGCACCCCCGUGGUCCCGCUGCUGGAGGGCCCAGUGGGCAUGGCGCUGUACGAGUGGAAGGACGGGCAGCUGGGGCCCGUCUCGCUGCAGGGCGACGUGUUUGGCAUGCCCGAGCUGACCAAGAAGGUGGAGGAGCAGUUUGGCCAGCUGAUGAGUGGCCUGGGCAAGCUGUUCGGCUCCAAAAAGUGA